AUGUUGCUCCCGCUGAGCCUAUUCCUCCCGCUGCUGCACCAUGUUGUCACGUUCUCCUCCCAUAUCAUCGCAUCGCUAACGCUCGACUCAUUUCUCCCCGCGCGCAGGAAGCCGCUGACCUCCGCCGCCGCCGCUACCGCCUCCGUCGUUACCGCAACCGCCGCUGCACCGGCGCAAUUGGACAAGGGCGCCCGGGAGGCCUGCGCUUCUGCCUCCACCAGCGUCACCGCCGCCACCGUCGAUGUCCCCGUGCUUCUCGCCGCGUCUACCGCUUCCACCAGCGCCGCAACCGAGCAGACCGCUGCGGCUGGCGCAGAGCGCGCAAGGCCUUCAGCGGAAGCUGCCGCCGCGAAAGCGGGGACAGGGCGGGGAGGGAAUUGCGGCGGGCGGAAGGUGGGCGAGCGGGAAGAGCGGGAGGAGCGGGAGAGCGAGGAGGAGGGAGUGCCGAUGCUGACGAUGACGAUGACGGCGAGUCUGACGGCGUGUAGUGAGGAGGCGUGCGGAGGCGGAGGCGGAGGAAGCGGGGGAGGCGGCGGAGUGGAUCUGAUGGACGCGGAGGUGCCGGCGGUGAUGGAUAUCGACUGGGAGGACCGGCGCAACCCGCUCGCCGCCACGGCGUACGUGCGCGACAUCUACGCGCUGUACCGCCGCAUGGAGAGGGAGACAAUGGCGGCGGAGAGCUACAUGAGUCAGCAGGCGGACAUCAACGACAAGAUGCGCGCCAUUCUGCUGGACUGGCUGAUCGAGGUCCAUCUCAAGUUCAAGCUCAUGCCGGAAACGCUCUUCCUCACCGCCAACCUCAUCGACCGUUACUUGUCGCUCGCGCCCGUGCGCCGGCGCAACCUGCAGCUCGUGGGUGUGACCGCCAUGCUCAUCGCGUCCAAGUACGAGGAGAUCUGGGCGCCUGAGGUGCGCGAUUUUGUGUACAUAUCGGAUAACGCGUACAGCCGCGCGGAGGUGAUUGCGUUGGAGAAGGAGAUGUUGAACGCGCUGCGGUUCCAGCUCACGGUGCCCACGCCGUACGUGUUCGCGUCGCGGUUUCUGAAAGCGGCGGCGGCGUCGGCAAGGGCGGCGGGGGGAGCGGCGGCGGGAAACGCGGGGGAGGCAACGACGGCAGGCGCGGUGGGGGCGGCGGCGGCAGGAGCAGGAGCGGAGAAGGUGAUGCAGAGUCUGGCGUGGUUUCUGCUGGAGCUGAGCCUGCCUGAGUACAGCAUGCUGAGGUUCUCCCCGUCGCAACUGGCGGCAGCUGCUGUGUAUACAGCCAUGCUCGCCCGGUCGCAGCAUUUAAUGUCACACCACAGCGCUGCCAGUGGAGGCAGUACUGUUUCUGCGGCAGCCACGGCUGUCGCUGCCGCUGCCGCUGGUACUGGAUUUGUUGUUCCUGUUGCAGGUUCAAAUAGCAGCAGCAGCCAGCAAUCGAUCAGUGCUCUGCCGAUUUCUGUCCCAGUUGCUGUCUCGGUUGCUGUUACAGAUGGCCGAACUCCUGCUACCAGUGUUGCUGCUAGCGCCACCAGUCUCACCCUGGGAUACACUGAGGCGGAGCUACAGCCAUGUGUGAGGAUGAUGGCAGAGCUGCAACAGAAGGCGGGCACCGGGAAUCUGACUGCCGUGUUCAAGAAGUACAGCAACCCCAAGUUUGGAGAAGUGGCCAAGCUGCCCCAUGUGAGCGUUCCAACGGCUGCAACUGGGCAGUAG